AUGAAGAGAUUAACCGCCAAAUUAGUAUUCAUGGGAUCUCAGGUUUCAGAAGUAAGAAAAAAUACAGACACGCCUGUGGUUUAUUAUGUAGUUGGUAACAAAACUGAUUUACUAGAUUCACGUGUAAUWAUGUUUGAAGAAGCUAAAGAAUUUGCUAAUUCAGUGAAUGCUCAUUAUUGGGAAACUAGUGUUUACUCAAACACAGGUAUUCAAGACUUAUUCACAAAUAUUGGUCGAAAUCUUAUAGAAAUAGUAGAAAGUUCAAAACCACCAGUGCAUUUAAAACUUGAAAUUGAUCCAGAAGAAGUUUCUAACAAUGAUAAGAUAAAUAAUUCUAAGAUACAAUGUUGUACCAAUUGAGAAUGUAGUYAAAUAUGUUUUUUAUACAAUGUUUAUAAUAUAUGUUGUGCAUUUAACAUUAUACUAAGUGACUAUUUUUACGACUAAGUAGUAAAAAAAAAAACUAUAAUAAUA